AUGAAUAGAGAAUUAAAAGCAGUUGAUGUUUUGGAGUGUAUCCCAAAUAAUAAAUUAUUUGCAAUAACAAUUGAUGAUGUAUUUACAGAAGAAGAAUGUAAAGAAUGGAUUGAUUUAACAGAAAAAACAGGUUAUGAACCAGCGUUAGUAAAUAUUGGAUAUGGACAACAACAAUUAAUGACAGAUAUUAGAAAUAAUGAUAGAUGUAUUAUUGAUAGUGUAGAAAUGGCAGAUAAAAUUUAUCAGAGGGUAAAAAAAUUUAUUCCUCAUACGUUUAAUCAGAAAUGGGAAGUUGUAUCAUUAAAUGAGAGAUUAAGAUUUUUAAGAUAUUAUGUUGGUCAAGAAUUUAAAAAACAUCAAGAUGGUAAUUAUAAACGUAAUAAUGGUGAAACCUCUUUCAUUACGUUGCAGCUUUAUUUAAAUAAUGUGGAAGAGGGAGGUUCAACAAAAUUCUUUUUAAAAUCUGGCCAGAAUGAAAUUGAAAUUAUUCCAAAACCUGGAAAAGUUUUACUAUUCCAACAUAAUAUUUGGCACCAAGGUUCUCCUGUCACAAAAGGUGUAAAAUAUGUUAUUAGAACUGAUGUUAUUUUAAAUAUAAAAAUAAAAAAAAUAAAAAACCUCCUACAAAAUUUCACCCCCAAACAUUUCAGUUUUUUUUUUUUUUUUUUUUUUUUAAAUUUUUUUUUUUUUUUUUUUUUUUUUUUUUUCUUCAAAAUUUUUAUUUGGUUUUUUUUUUUUUUUUUAAAUGAAAAAUAUUGA